AUGUAUCAAAUCAUAUUGAUCUAUCUUAUUUGUUCACCAAUAUCAAUUAUUGGCUCAGGCUUCAUCAUUACAACAUGGGGACUGUUUGCCAAGCUGAAGCACAGUGGAUCAAACUUCAUCUUCUUCCAAUCAAUAUCAGAUCUACUCUUUACUCUCAAAUAUAUCAUGACAGUUAUACUUUAUUAUGCAGCUCCGUCAAUUGUACAGUUUGAUGACUCGUUGCAACCUUCGGGCUCGUCAGCGGUAUGCUUCAUGUUGGGAAUGUACGGACAGUUCUGGGGACAGGCAACAGUGAUGUGGAGCUUCAUGAUGACCGUAAAGGUGUUCAUCUCAUUCUUCUACACCAACAACACAGAGAGCUCCGAAAGCAUCAAAUGGUAUCAUCUCUUUGUCUGGGGCUUCUGUGGAAUGAACGCCGUUAUCAUUGCUGCAUUCGAUCAAUAUGGUCCAAGUUCAAAUGGAUGUUGGAUCGUUAGAGGUAACAACCCAUUUAGAUUGUUCGAGCUUAUACCUCUGUACAUCACAAUCACAGUGUCAAUAUGUAUAUUGGUGUUGAUUCUUUGGAAGAUCAAACAGAAGAGACCAACAUUGUUGAUGCCAAACGAGUCGGUCAAGUACAAGAUUCAAGAGCGCGAGUUUAGGAACCAGUUGCUCAAGUUCAUUCUCAUCUUUGUCAUCUUCUGGACUCCACCAACCAUCCUGCGAACAAUGGAGUACAUGGGUAUUGAGAAGAGUUUCUUUGUCUAUCUGGAUGCAGUUAGUGUAUCAUCUCAAGCAUUGGCCAACAGUAUUGUCUGGGGAACUUCGCCACAGUUCUUUAAGCUCCUGCGAAGGAAGCUUAGAGGUGGUCCAGAGGAUGAGGCAUUGAUCCAGUAA